UUUUCAGGCAGACCAAGAGUUGCAGUUCUUGUAUUUCAACAAGCCUUGAGUAUCUAGUAGAGUAUUGAGUGCGGUUAAGCAAGCGGGACCUGACACUGGGGUCUGGUCAGUCUGUUGCACAAGUCCUUAGACAUUCGCAUUUAUGCUUGUUAUCAAAAUCAACAAGUCUCGACAAGAUCACCCCUGCGCCUUCCAAGCCAUUAUGUCGCACUCAUCUGGAUCAAUACUGAGCGAUAAGCCAGAAUCUGAUUCGUCUGACAAGAAGCUAGGUUCAUUGGAUACACCCGACAAUAAGUCAGGAGGUAUAUUUGGCAUUUCUAGCAAUACGUCUAGUGCAUUGGACACAGCCAAAAAUAAGCCAUCGGGAGGUCUAUUCGGUGGAACUGACUAUAAGCCACCGGGAGGUCUAUUCGGUGGAUCUGGUAAUACGACAAGUGCAUUUGCUACAUCAGCCGAAAAGCCAUCGGGAGGUCUAUUCGGUGGAACUGACUAUAAGCCAUCGGGAGGUCUAUUCGGUGGAUCUGACUAUAAGCCAUCGGGAGGUCUAUUUGCUACACCAGCCGAAAAGCCAUCGGGAGGUCUAUUCGGUGGAUCUGGUAAUACGACAAGUGCAUUUGCUACACCAGCCGAAAAGCCAUCGGGAGGUCUAUUCGGUGGAACUGACUAUAAGCCACCGGGAGGUCUAUUUGCUACAUCAGCCGAAAAGCCAUCGGGAGGUCUAUUCGGUGGAUCUGGUAAUACGACAAGUGCAUUUGCUACACCAGCCGAAAAGCCAUCGGGAGGUCUAUUCGGUGGAUCUGACUAUAAGCCACCGGGAGGUCUAUUUGCUACAUCAGCCGAAAAGCCAUCGGGAGGUCUAUUCGGUGGAUCUGACUAUAAGCCACCGGGAGGUCUAUUUGCUACAUCAGCCGAAAAGCCAUCGGGAGGUCUAUUCGGUGGAUCUGACUAUAAGCCACCGGGAGGUCUAUUUGCUACAUCAGCCGAAAAGCCAUCGGGAGGUCUAUUCGGUGGAUCUGACUACAAGCCAUCCGAAGGCUUGCUUGGCUCAUCCGACAACAAGCCAAGCACAUCUGAAAGUGACCAAGGAUUACUCGAUGGAUUUAACGAAAAGCUACAAUUCGGUACACCGGACGAUCAUGACGAGGUGGAGGAUAUUCUGGUCAUUGGCAUUGACUUCGGAACAACGUACUCUGGAGUUGCCUGGGCGACCAGGGUUGACUUCGAGAACAGUCAAAUCAAUUACAUUACUUCCUGGCCCGGUAAUGGUCGCGAGGAAGGCAAAGUUCCUACAGAGCUCUGGUACGAUGAUAACAAAGAACCAGUAUGGGGUUACGAGGUCCCUGCUCACGCCGACCCCUUCCGCUGGUUCAAGCUUCUCCUUCUCCGCACUGAGGAUCUCGAUUCAGAGCUUCACGAGUCUGAAUUUGUGGUUCGAGCUCGAGAUAUGAUGGAGAAAUCUGGCAAAUCGGCUGUGGACCUGGUCGCCGACUACUUGCGUCUGCUUUGGGGACAUAUUGUGUCGACGAUUGCAAGAGCUCGUGGAGAUGAUAUUGUAAAAAGCCUCGCUAUCCAUCUCGUUAUCACUGUACCGGCAAUCUGGAAGAGCUACGCAAGACAAGCCCUGCAAGAUGCUGCCAAAAGAUCUGGCAUCUUUGAGGAGCGUUUUGUUGGUGCCACGAAAUUGACCUUAGCAAUUGAGCCAGAAGUUGCAGCGUUGUCAACGCUCCAUGAACAAGGCAGCGGCGUUCGUCCCGGUAACGUAUACGUGAUAUGCGAUGCAGGUGGUGGCACGGUGGAUCUCGUCAGUUAUGAAGUAAAGAGCACAAACCCCAUUGUCUUACAAGAAGCUGUAGAGGGAACAGGUGGGCUAUGUGGCGGGAUUUUCAUCGAUCAAGUGUUCGAGCGCAUGUGUAGUGGUCGCCUCGGACCUAGAUGGAAACAACUCAGCAAGACAGGAAUCAGAGAGAUCAUGAAAAAUGAAUGGGAAUACGGUAUCAAGCCACAAUACAAGCCAGCCAAGCUAGUGAAGGAGUAUACCGUCUCACUGCCCGCCGAGACAUUCAAAGGCCAAAGCAAUUCGAGCCUAGACGAUACUACAAGAUAUCCUUAUAUCAAGAAUGGGCGAAUCAUAUUUCUUGGUUCCCACAUCAAAACAGCGUUCGAGGGGGUCUUUUCCAAUAUUGAGAAGCUUGUUGACGAACAAAUCUGCAAGGCUACUGAAAAGGGUCUGCAUGUAACCGGUAUCAUUCUCGUUGGUGGAUUAGGGGGUAGUGCAUAUUUGUAUGACUAUCUCAAGGCUAUACAUGCCAAAGCAGGAAUUACAGUGCUUCAGUCUGGUGGGGUUAAGCCGCGCACAGCAAUCUGCCGAGGUGCAGUUUUCAAAGGUUUCUUGCAGGAACAAGCCGAUCAGGACAAUUGUGAUAUGGUAGUAGCACCAAUUAUGGUCACAUCAACAGUUGCUCGAGCUAGCUACGGCAUUAUGUUUGAAACGGGCUUCAAUUCGCAAACACACCUCGAGGAAGAUAAAAAAUGGAGUAUACGUAAGGGGACGUGGAUGGCGACGAACCAGAUGGAGUGGUACUUGAAGCGGGGAGAUAUGGUCUCGAAGAGUAAGCCCGUCCGCUCCUCCUGGUUUAGGCUUUAUGGAGAGCGGGACUUUUCCAGGACUUUGUCAAUUGUUCUUUAUCAGUGUGAUGACGAAGUACCACCGGGACGGAAGACCCCCGACGUUCGGGAACUUGGCACACUCUCCUGUACUUUGGACGUGGGUUACGCGGAUCUCCCAGACUUCGGGAGGAAGAGUUGGUUGAAUACGAAGAAACUGGACUUCGAAAUUGAGCUGGUCCCAUCAGGGGCAUCGGUGGAGUUUAUUUUAUACUUCAACGGUAGGAAACAGACAGGCCCAAGUGCCAAAUUUCGCAUCGCGUAGCGUGACGUCGGUCGAGGAGGAUCCUGUAUUUUUAUUUUCCUUACAAUGAUCGAUUCGUGUACUACCCAAGAGAGUUCUAUAAGCCUUACACACAC